AUGAGACCAAUUUCACUUCGUCUUCACGAAAGACCAAUUACCCAAGUUCUCUUCAACCGUGAAGGUGAUCUUUUAUUCGUUGCUGCUAAAGAUAAACUUGUUUCAGUAUGGUAUACUGCUAAUGGUGAAAGAAUUGGCUCAUAUUUAUGCGGUGGUGUCGUUUAUUCAAUCGAUGUUUCACAGGACUCAAAAUAUUUAAUUACUGCUUCUGCUGAUGCAAAAGCUAGAGUUUGGGAUGUUCAAACAGGUAAAGUUUUAGAUGUUGUAGAUUUUGAAGUUGCUGCUCGUUCAAUUGAAUUUUCACAAGGUGAUAAACAAAUUUUAUGUGUUUCAGAUCAAGUUAUGGGUUGUCAAGGUACUAUUCAUGUAUUCAAUUUUGAAAAAGAUGAUGUUAGAAAAUUCUCAAAAGCAUACAUUUUACCAUCACCAAAUGUUAAAAUCCUUCAAGCCACUUGGGGUCCACUCAAUAAAACUAUUUUAGCAUCAUGUGAAGAUGGUGCUGUUCGUAUUUAUGACACAGAAAAAAAAGAACUUAUUAAAACUAUUUUAGAUCACAAUAAAACUGUCACCAGAAUUGAAUGGACUAAACAUAGAAUUAUGUUUAUGACUUGUUCAAAAGAUGGUACUGCUAAAUUAUACGAUACAAAAACAUUAAAACUUCUUAAAACUUUUGAUACUGGUCGUCCAAUUAAUGCCGCUGGUAUUUCUCCAUUAAAACCACACGUAAUUUUAGGUGGUGGUCAAUCAGCCGAAUCUGUAACCACAUCUAAAGUAGAUGCUUCACAAUUCAAAGUUCGUUUCUUCCAUGUUGUUUAUGGUGAUGAAUUAGGUGGUCUCAUUGGUCACAUUGGUCCAGUUCAUUCAAUUUGUUUCACUCCAGACGGUAAAACUUUUGCAACUGGUGGUGAAGAAGGUUUAGUUCAAAUUAAUCAUUUUGAUGAAUCUUAUUUCGAAUUUGAUGACGAUUUAAUUUAUACCCCACCAACCCAACAUUAA